UAUUGUGUGCAAAUCGGUGCUGGCUUAAUUAGCUUUUGGAAGCUAUAAGUCAACGGGUUGAACAAUACUAUCUGGCAAAUGAUUGCCUUCGAAGUAAACGGGCACUACCGAAUGAUGGCGACCGUGACGGAAGAGAAACAUAGUCAGAAAAUCUCCAUAAUUUGUACAACCUAAAGUGUUAACAUAAAAUUUUUUCAAAUGCAGUUCACUGAAUUGCAAAGAAUGCUUUGUGGAAUAAAUUGAGUGAGGAAGUGCUUUCAGUGUGAUAUCUAUAAUGAAACUAUUUCGUUUGGUUUUAAUAACUUAAUUCUAGCGAAGUGUUUCAUUUUCUAUUGACCUGAGAUGGAAAGUAAUCGUAGAAUUUUGUACAGAAAAGUGUUUCACUGUAUCACAAUAUUGAUACCUUUCUAAAAUGAUAAUAAAUAAUGACAAACAUUUUCGGGCCAUCCCCAGCAGUUGAAAACGUGACGCAAGCCAAAACCGAGUAAACAAAUAAUAACUCCAAAAGGGAGUCUCAAAAAAUUUGUGAUCCCAAUUUUGUGUCUCAGUUCAAAGCAGCAUCGUGGUGCGUUGGCUAGCAAAUUAAUAUUGUAUUUUCCCUGAUCAUUUGUAGUGCGGAAAAAAAAUUUAUCCAACAAAAUUAUGAAUCAACUCUAAGGCCGAACAAUCAACGUGAACGUUAUGGCAACAUCGAAUCGUAAUCGCAAAAAUAUUCUCACGCUGAACGGUGUCGGUGCCGGUGGCGGUGGUGGUGCUGGUGGCAUCACCGGAGUUCAUCUGCAUCAUAAUUAUCAUCUUCAUCAUCAGCAGACGCAUCAACAAUCGCAACUGGCACAGCCGCAGUAUCCGCUCCAGGAUGGUGCUGGGGCUGGGAGCCACGCCGAAGGACUUCCGAAGCCAUUCGUAUCCGCUAUGCGCACCUUGUUCGAUAUAAUGGACGAUCAGAAAACCGGUUUGGUGAAGCUGUCGGACAUCGAGGACCGCUGGCAGGACGAUGGCACCAAGGGGCUGCCACGGGGUGUAAUUGAUAGUUUGCGCAAAGUUACGCCCCCAAACGGACUGCUUUCGUUCGAUCGGUUUUGCGGUGGGCUCAAAAUCUGCCUGCUCCGCAAUCAAACCGAAUCAAGUAGAACAAGCCGUCUGUCUAAAGAUUCGGAGAAACUGCCCCUCUCACCAACCAAGCUCUCCGUUCGACCGCCAUCAGCUCCACUAUUAGAUCUAGAUACAAUGACUAAACCAUCUUGGGCAAGUAACAGUGCAAACACUGCAACAGUUCGACCCAAUAAUGCAAUGCCAGCGCAGAAAACGCUCAGCAUGCCUCAGCUGACCCCCGAUAGUGACAUAGAUCUAGUUCUCGAGUCACCUCCCAUCAUCCUUCCAGGUGCCUUCGGACCACCGAAACCACCUCGAGUGGCGCUGAAUCUCGAACGAAACCAGCAAAACUCGAACAUCGACAAGGCGGAAAUACGCAACGCUCUGCAAAACUGGCAAAUGUCGCUUCUGAUGGGCGAAUCGGACAAAUCCGAUAAAACCCACCUCCGCCUGGCACGCGGACCGGCCGACGGUCAAAUUGAUCUCUCGAACGCAAGUUCAUCACCCUCGUUGGGUAUGCACACAACCGGUCUGUACCAGAAAAAGUCAGGCAGCGCCGGCGGAGGUGGCAGCAUCGGACGGCGACGGGAACCGCGAAGACACACGCUGCAGAAUGGCGUCGAUUACAAUAUGCUCAAGCGUCUGAAGCAGAUCGAACAGGAGAAAGAUAUCCUCCUGCAGGGCCUAACGGCGGUGGAGAAGGCCCGCGAUUGGUAUCUGAAGCAGCUGUCGAUCGUGCAGGAUAAGAUCAAGUAUUUGGGCCGGUGUGGUACGCAUAUGGAAACUUGGACUGAUGCGCACCAGGAGCGUCUCGAUUUGCAGCGAGCUCGAGUUCUCGAAGUAAAUCGACAUCUACUGACGUUGGCCGAAAGCUGGGAACGAGGUGGAUUUCCAAUGCACAUGAACCUGGCGCUGCGGCCUCCAGGUUCGACGAUGUCCUACCAUGUCCAUCCCUCGUCGCAUCAGCGCGCCCAAGCUCAAUCGCAGACGCAGAACGGUUCGUCCAUUAACGCGCAACAGUCGGAAAUGGUCCAGCGGUUACAGCAACAGAAUCUCCAGCUAUCCGAGGAAGUGAAUCAAAAGAACGAAAAGCUUUCGCUGCUGGAAAGGGAGAAGUCAUCACUGAUCAGAGAGCUGCUGCAGGUGCAAAGGGCCAACCGGGCCGGUAGUAUGACUUCCAAUACCGAGGAACUGGUGUUUUAGCUAUAAACUGAAUAAGAUUGUCAUCCUUCCGAGACCGAUUAGGCAGGAUUGGAUUGCCAUUGGAGAUUUCGUACGUGUUUUAUCUGAGUUACAAUCGCGCUAGUCAGUAGCAGAUUAAAGAAAAGUAACACAUUAAACCGAUAUUUUAAUGUACGAGAACUACUAAAAUGUGAUUUUAACAAAUUUUUGACCGAUUAUGCAUUUAUUGGAAAUAAAACAAGGUUUACA